UCUUGCACAAAAUUAGUACAAAAAUUAAUGUAAAUCUAAAUAUACCAAAUUAUGGCAUGUUACAAAAAAUAAAGAAAAAAUAUGAGUCCUUGUCCCCAAUUUACGAGUCCGAGUCCAAGUCUGACCCUGCGAUGACCUGGCGACUUGUCCAGGGUGUAUCCUGCCUCUUGCCCAUAGUCAGCUGGGAUAGGCUCCAGCUUGCCUGCGACCCUGUAGAACAGGAUAAAGCGGCUAGAGAUAAUGAGAUGAGAUAAAUAUACCAAAUUAUUAUGGCAUGUUACAAAAAAUAAAGAAAAAAUAUGAGUCCUCGUCCCCAAUUUACGAGUCCAAGUCUGACCCUGUGAUGACCUGGCGACUUGUCCAGGGUGUAUCCCGCCUCUCGCCCAUAGUCAGCUAGGAUAGGCUCCAGCUUGCCUGCGACCCUGUAGAACAGGAUAAAGCGGCUACAGAUAAUGGAUGGAUGGAAUCCAAGUCUGAGUCAUCAAUGCUCAAGUUCUAGUCAAGUUACAAGUCCUUAAAAUUAGGGCAUGAUUCGGACUCGAGUACUACAAGCCUGGAAGUGCCUUUGAGCAAGGCACCUAACCCACAACUGCUCCCCGGGUGCUGUAGCAUAGCUGCCCACUGCUCUGGGUAUGUGUGUGUGCUCUUUGCUCACUUGUGUGUGCAUAUGUGUGUUCACUGCUUCAGAUGGGCUAAAUGCAGAGGUUAAAUUUCACUGUGUGCUUAAGUUUGUGCUUGAGUGUAUGUGUGAUAAAUAAAGGCUUCUUGGCUUCUUUCUUGGCUUGGCUUCCUUCUAAAUUGCCUAUUGGUGUGAAUGGCUGUCUGUGUUAGCCUUGCAGUAGAUUGACGACCUGUCCAGGAUAUACUCUACCUCUCGCUUGAAGCCAGCUGGAGACAGUAGGCCAAAUAUGAGGAAAAGAAAAGGGCCAGACAUCAGGCAUUUUUUUGGUGCUAAAAGAGACAGCCAGAGCCAAGAGUGAGAGUUUUCUGCCACUCGAGACUUCUAUGACACAGAAGCUGGGCAUGCAGUGAGAUAACUGGUUCAGUCUCAUGAUUCGUCUGAGUGGGAAAUGUUAAAACACUCUGUGGUGCAGCUGUUGUUUUUUUUUUUUUUAAAUCAUGGUGAACUGUUGCUAUGGCAACCCAAAGUGACCAUCCUCCACCGUCGUAUAAAGAUGUUCUUUUAGAUGAGCUUAAUUUCAGUACAUGUUCAGUAUCUGAUUGCAAAACCUUUCCUUAACGGUUCAUUCGCAAAGACUGCAAACAGUAUCUAUUUCCUGGAAAUGGAUAAAAUGCUGACUGCUGAUGGUGACCUUUUGGUGACCUUCAUCUGACACAGCGGUUUUGCUGCAGGGGAUGUUCCGAACUAAUGAAAUACAAAAACACCCAGAUUUUCAUAUGUAAUGUUGCAAGGCACUUUCAGGACAGCUUCCCGGAUUCAGCCCAUGUGUUCUAGGACCCCAAGAUGUCCAUGCUUGCUGAACCUCGUCGAAAGCAGAAGUGGUCUGUGGACCCGAGGAACAGCGCCUGGAGUAAUGAUGACUCCAAGUUCGGCCAGAAGAUGCUGGAGCGAAUGGGCUGGUCUAAAGGGAAGGGUCUUGGCAAAAGUGAACAGGGUGCUACAGAGCACAUCAGGGUUAAAGUGAAGAACAACAGCUUGGGUUUAGGCAACCUAGUCAACAACGAGGAUAACUGGAUUGCUCAUCAGGAUGAUUUUAAUCAACUUCUCGCUGAACUGAACAACUGCCAUGGCCAGAACAACACUGAAGAGCCGUCCCCAGAACUGACCCAAGGUUUCAGUUUGGAGGAGAAAUCCAAGACGUCGAAAAAAAGGGUCCAUUACAUGAAGUUCACCAAAGGAAAGGAUCUGUCCAGUCGCAGUGAAACAGACCUUGCUUGCAUCUUCGGGAAAAGAGCCAAACAGAUGAGAAAUCAGGAUGAGGCAAGCAACAGUACUGAUUCUCAGGAGGAGCAAGAACAGGACCGUGAUGACAAGAACGGUCCAUCAAACCCAGACGUGGAGCUCAACACCGUGACCAGUGCGCUGACCAUGCAGGAGUACUUUGCGCAGCGGAUGGCUCAGUUAAAGAAAGGCCGUGCUGAGAUCCAGUCCUCUGCUUCCACUCCUGAAACCAACGGCAACCCACAAUCCCAGUCAGCGACACCCAAAUCCACCGACGACUCUCCCAACACCAGCGACAUAGAGGAGAGCAAAAAAAGAAAGAAAAAGAAGAAAAAGGACCGAAAGAAUGACCAACACGACGAUGAGGAAAAGGUGGAAGAAAUCGAGGAAGCCCCAGUGACAGAAGAGGUUACUGUUGUAGAGCAGGCUGACUCGGACAGCAAGAAGAAGAAGAAAAAGAAGAAAGAGCGACAGGCUAGAGAGGAGGUUUCAGUGGAGGAGUGCUGUGUCCCAGUAGCAAAACAAGACACAGCUGGGGAUCUAGUGGCCCUUUCUACAGAGAGAAAGAAGAAAAGGAAAAACAAAGAAACGCCUCUUCGCACACCUACACAUUCCGCUAACGAAGACGAUAAAGCAGGUGACCUCGCAGACGCCGAGGUUUUGGAUAAAAAGAGAAAGAAGAGGAAGCGGCGAGAACAACAGGAAGCGCACACAGAAGAAGUAGUAGUAGAAAAGAAAUCCAAAAAGGACAAGAGAAAGAAGAAAAAUGAAAAUUAGGGCUUUAUACUUGAUUGGGGUAGAUGUAUCUGAUUUUUUCCUCAAUAAACUGAACAGCAGCAAUUGACUUUUUUUUUUUUUUUUUAAAGUUUAUGAUUUUUUAACCUCAUUCUGUCUAUCUGAUUGGAUGUCUCGCCAUGGAAAUCAAUUUGUACAGCAAAAACUAAUUUUAUGAAUCUGUGUACAUGCCACAUAUUCCACUAUUAUAUAUGAACAUAAAAUUACACUAUUUGAUCAACGCUACUUAUUUUUUUAAUUUUAAGUCGCGUUAUACGUCUCAGUUGUGUAUUUGCUCCAAGAGUAAUCCCAAAUGUAACAACCCCCCCCCCAAAAAAAAAAAAAUCUAUGCAACCUCUGUUAAAGGUUUUUAAAAACCAUAAAUCUCACUGCCUAUGUGUUAUUGAAUGUCUAUAGGCAUAUGGGAAGCGUGUCAUACCAGUGCAGCAAUCUGAAUCAAUUUUUCAGUUGUCUUGUUUUUAAAAUAGUCCUGAAUCCUCUCUUACUGUCAGCUUUCCUGGUGUGAUGUAUGAAGCUGCUGAUGGAUUGCAGCUCACACUUAAGUGUUAAAACAUAUCUCACCCAUGAGAAGCUGACGAGCAGUCAACUUCAAAUGUAAUAUUUGGUGUUUUAAACUACAAUCCUUUUUUUUUUGCCUUAAAGGAGAACUGAAGUCAUUUUUAAACUUGCUUUAUUUCUUAAUUAACGUGUUAUUCAAUUACGUUUUCAGUUUUAGUAACCUUGUAUCGUGACUCGUAUUGGCAACUAAUUGAAAUUAAAUAUUAUACUUAUCGGCCUAUUUGGUUUUUAGCCAUGUUGAAUUUAGUUCGUUUGGUCCACGGCAGGCGUCGCUUAUCCGCGCGAUCUUCACAAGGCUUGUGCGAGACUUCAAAACGUGAAGUGUCAGCCAGGUGUCAGUGCCACCAUUUUGAAAACUGUUUUCCAAACGAAAUAUUGCACAAAAACAAGUUUAAAUGACGAUUACUGCCUACUUUUUUCAAACUUUCCUGAUUGCUAUCCAAACAAACAAAACUUCCGGCUUGAUUACAUCAGCAUUCGAAAGAGGGCGCGCGCGUCUUUUGACAACGUUGGCAGAUGUUGGUCACUUUGAUUUUCGCUGUACGUUUUACUUCCGUCCUACGAUGACUCGCACAGGUCUCAGCGAAUCUCGUUUACGGCCAUUGCUUUGACAUAUGGACUGAUAUAUACUGUAUAUUCCAUAGCAUAUUUCAAACACUCAUAACUUGCUAUAGUAGUGACAAAAUGGCUAUCAAAAAUGCAUUCCGAUAUUUAAUAAAAUGAGAGGAAUAGAAUUUUGAUGAUAAAAAAUUUGUCUUCAGUUCUCCUUUAAUGUGAGAUUUGCACCUCUGAUGGACAGCAUAAGUGUGAUGCUAAAUUCAAAUGUCUUUCCUUAAUUUGACUUUCAAAAUGGGAGUUUCUUUGAAUUAUGUUGAACAGUUAUGUUACUGUACUUCCAGGCCCACUGUUAUAAUGUCCAGCUUAACAUCACUGAUUUGUCCAGUGAUGAAAUGGACCCGUUUCACACGUCAGUGGAUCCCCUGGGUCUAGGACUAAUUUCCUGGUUGCCCAUUAGUGAAGGGACUGGAUACUAGAUACCAAGACCAUGAAUUCUGCUAUGCUACGGUGCUAUGAUUUUAGGUUUUAUGAAUUUUACACAUGGACUAAUAAAAUAAAAUGUCAACCAGUUUGAAAAUUAUACCGUGGAAUUUAAUUUGGAGUCUUACCAUUUUAAAGAGUGCUGAACAUGAUUUCUUUCUCACUGGCUGAUUCUUCAGUGGAGAAUGUUUGUUUGCCUUUUUAUUGUUCACUGUGGCUAAAAAGAGUUUUCACUGACAUUGCAAAGCAUGUCAAAUUAUUUGCUUUAUAUAGUGUAAGAUAUUUAUAGUGUACAUGCAGCCUUGAUUGCUCUCAAAUAGUCAAGAAAGUAUCUCAGGAUCUUGCGGCCUUACUUGUUUGUUAACUAACUAGUAGUGAUCGUCCCAGUGGCAAUGAUUAUCUGUCCAUAUCAGCUGUUCAACAUGUGAAUAAAACCCGCUUUAACAA